AUGACAAUUCAGAUAAUCAUUGGGACAUACGAGAAGGUCUUACACGGGAUAACAGCCUCGAUAACGAGUCAGGCCAAGGGACACCGUGAACAGAAACAAAUCGAAUUUGCGGAUACUUUCCUUCUUAACGCCCAUACCUCAGCCAUACGUUGCCUCGCUAUCUCGCCCUCCUCAACAGGUUCUUCCAAGUCUCAGAAAAUCAUACUUGCCAGUGGCAGCUCUGACCAAAUGAUUAAUCUUUACCACUUAUCUACGACACUACCGCAAAAGUCCAAAGGCUCCUCAAUACCAACAUUGGCCGGCAGCACCAUCAAGGAGAAUCCCAGAAAUCGAGAGUUGGGGUCUCUGCAACAUCACAACGCGGGAAUUAAUGCUUUGUACUUCCCUACACGCUCGAAGCUUUUGUCGGGGGCCGAGGAUAAUACAAUAGCGGUGGCUCGAACACGGGAUUGGACUGUGCUCUCGACAAUAAAAGCUCCGAUACCGAAAGCUCAUGGACGUCCAAGCGGGGAUACUGCGCCUUUUGGAGGGACUCCUGCCGGUGUGAAUGAUUUUGCAAUCCAUCCAAGUAUGAAGCUCAUGGUGAGCGUGGGAAAAGGAGAAAAGUGUAUGCGCUUAUGGAACCUGGUGACCGGCAAAAAGGCGGGCGUCCUGAACUUCGGAAGAGAACUUUUGCAAGGCGUUGGAGAGGGUAAAUGGGCAAGGGGGGAAGGCAGAAGGGUGGAUUGGAACACCCUUGGCGAAGAAUUCGUAGUGGCAUUUGAAAGAGGUUGUGCUGUGUUCGGCAUGGACUCGAAGCCAAAAUGUCGAAUAUUGCCUUUGCCACUUACCAAGAUCCAUCAAGUACACUACAUGACCUUAUCUGGGACCGAUGGCGGAACCAAAGACCUUCUGGCUGUCUCAACAGAAGAUGGUCGCAUAUUGUUCUAUGAUACCACAGACGUCGUCGGAACACAGAUCACCAAGUCCGCCUCGAAACUCGAGACACCCAUCUCUGACCCCAUCUGCCAAUUAGGAGGCGCUGCAGAUGAAAUAACUGGCCGUGUGAAAGAUUUUGAAAUCUUGAAACCACUAGGUUCAGAAGACUUCAUCAUCGUUACUGGUAGUAGCGAUGGUGCUGUACGCCUUUGGACGGUUGACGAGUCAGAGCUCGUAGACGAGGCAUCAAAAUCGAGAGAAGUGAAUGAUGAAGUAAGCAUCUCGGCCGAUGGCGGUGAUAGUAAAGCGAACGGGAACACAACGAAACUGCCCACCACAAGGCAAAUCGGAUUGCUCUUAGGCACAUACGAAGCGGGGAACAGGAUCACCUGUUUGAAGGCCUUUGUCAUGUCAGAACUAGAAAGCUACAAGACCAACGGUUCGGAGAACGGCAUCGAUGGCAAACGUGGUAACGAACUGAACUCUGGGGAUGAAAACAGUACGGGUAGCUGA